AGAAUCAGUUUACGAUCUUCUCUCCAAUAGAAGUCAAGAAAAUGAAGAAUUUAUUCGUUAUUUGUUUCGUUGUUCUCUUCGGUUUCGUGGUUUGUCGUCCAGAUGAUAAAUAUACCACGAAAUAUGACAAUGUCAACAUUGAAGAAAUUCUAAAGAGCGACAGAUUGUUGACUAACUACUUCAACUGCAUCAUGACAGGAGAGGCUUGUACCCCAGAUGGCCAAGAAUUGAGAAAAAACGCGCCAGAUGCCCUCAUGAACGGAUGUUUGAAAUGCAGCGACAAGCAGAAGAUGUUGAGCAAAAGGGUGUUGACGUUUAUGCUUGAAAACAAGCCGGAUAUGUACAAGAAGGUGGAGGCUAAAUUCGACCCCGAAGGCAUCUACAGAAAGAAAUAUAAGGAUCAAUUAGAAGCCGAAGGUAUCAAACUCAUCCGUUAAUGAAGUGUUUUCAUGAAGAACCAGGAGCAAUAGCGAAAUGAGCACACAAUGACCGGGAACUAUAUCAUGACUAUCUGAGUUAAUGUAUAUAAUGCUUGAAUAAAUAGCCUUUCAGUCAA